UUUGGUCAUUUUUGUUUUUCAAUUUUAAUUUUGCAAUGGUUUAGAAAUUGGAUGUGUGAGUUUGUUGGAAGUUUUGUGCUAGAAAAACUGAGAAUUCUUCAAAAAUGAUGGAACUGGGUACGAUAGAGGAACAAAGAGUGAUAGAGAGUGUUUCCAAAUUAUGUGGAAUUGUCUUGGGUGACAAUUGAUAAAUGAACCAAACAACUGUAGUAGGAGUUUGAUUACAGAUUGUCCUUGCAAAACUAUUAAUUUAUUAGCGGUUUUAGUGUUCAUGAGUGUCUUGGAUUGAUCAAUAUCGGAUAUUAACAUAGCCUUCCAUCCAUCAUCUUCAUUAGUUAAUAGGACCCCAUCAAGUAAAGCCUGUUUAAUGUUUCCAUUAGUUUGCAUGGACGGAACUGAAUAUUUUGCUUGUGUUUGGAAACCAAGUUAAUGGUGGAAAUGUGAGGAAAUGUAAAACUAUGGAAAUCUAUAGAAAAGUAAAUACCAAGAAAUAUCUUGAAAUCUCUAAAUUUUUAUUUGUUUGGUUAUUUUUAUGAAAAAUUAUAAAAAAUGGAAUACUGCACAUUUUUCAAUUGUUUAAUUUUAUUUUCGCGUUCCACAAUCUUUUCAUUACUUUUGAAGAAAAAAGUGUGGAAAAUAAAAUUGGCAAAAAAUAACUAUGUGAUUAUAACACAUUUCAUUUUCCUCACUUUUUCAUUUAAAUUACCAAACAAGUUAAAAAAUAAGGAAUUUCAUAUUUCCACAGUUUUACACACUUUUCUUCAUUAAACUAGAGUUCCCAAAUACACAAAUUGAAGAGGUGUUAGGGAGACAAAGAAGAAUGCAAGGACCCAUUCGGUAUCGUUUUGUAUAAAAUUAUAAACCAAAAUAUAAAAGCCACAAAAAGUAGUUUACCUUUUGUGUUGUCAGUUUUCAAAAUCAACAUGAUUCCUAAAGUAUGAUUAUAUUUUAGUUCAUGAUUCAACCUAAAUCAUAUGACUUAUAAAACCAAAAAACUAAAAGCUGAAAAUUGGCAGUGAUACCGUACGGGUCCUUAAGCCGAUAGAGAUAGAGAGCAAGUGGGAAAAUAUACCAAAAGAGGUAUGUCGCAAACUCAAAGGGGCAAUAAAAAAAGACGGAAGGAGUGUGCUUCAAUAAUAAUAAUUAUUUUCAACAAAAGAAUGGAAAAAAGGUUACUUUUUUUACACAAAAACUAUAAGAAAAAAAUAAAAAGGAAAAUUGGCGUGUAACUACCUUUUAGUGAACAACUACUUUUUACUUUGGUUUUUGUAAACUACCUUAAACUAUGCUUUUGUGUUGGAUCCUCUUUGAUGGGUUUCACAUUUUAACACUAAGAUAUUUUUUUUGUUUUUUAAGUGUUUGAAGUGAUUCGAAACUCAUUUUUCUUAUUUUCUUUAAGAAUUUCACAGAGACCGAUAUUUCAAAACAAUUCGUUUGAUUUUUCACCAAAAUUUAUACGGAGUAAUUCGUUUGAUCCUUCACAAAAUUUGAAAAUGGAAUCCUUACACAUAAAGGAGAAGAAUGAACUUUGAAUCACUUAAAAAGAUUAAAAAACGAAAAAUGAGAAAACCCUAAAGUGGAAGUGGUUCCAAUAUAAAAACAUACGGACUUUUCAUGAAAUACCCCUGAAUUUUUGCGAAAUUCGCCAAAAGCCCCUCGACUUUCAGAAUUUCACCAAAUGGCCAUCACAUUUAAGUAUUUAACUUAAUACCCAAACUACCCUUACUAAUGACGCACCGUUAGUCAUCCGUUAGCCUACUUUCAAAUUCAUCAAAUGCCCAUAAAAUUUAAAUUAAUUCACCAAAUACCCCUAGAUGUAAACAUAAUUCACCAAAUGCCCAAAACAGAAAAUUAGCUUUUCAAAGCCCAACGACUAGUUUUUGUGUUUGAAAAGUAGUCGUUGCUUAUUGUGAGUGUUUAUUGUAGUUUAUAAAUUGUUUUGAUAGUCUUAUCUCAUUUUUGUCAUGAGCUUUCAUUCAAAAUCGUCCUACAAAUGGGAAUACAAACGAGAAUAUUGAUGUUUGUAAUCUUACUAUUUGUUAUCAUGAAGUGAAUCAAUCAAUGAGCAAUUACUUCAUAUUUCAUGAAUCAUAAUUGUUUUUGCAUAUUUUGUUUGUGUGCUAAAUUAAGAACUUUAUUACCAAAGGUAGGAACUAGUAGAAACCAAACAAAGAAACAACAACCUUUAGAAAAGGGUGUACAGACCGCAACCCAAACCAAAAAAACACAACUAGCAACUACAAGGGGGAGCAGCCGGUAGCACAAAAACAGCAGCACAUGUCACAGCAGAACUAGCAACCAGCAACCAGAAAGAAACACAGAAGCAGACAGUAUACUUGAAGCAACCUGCAGAGAUACGCACAUGCUGAACCACUCCGUCUUCACCGCAAGUAUAAAAUAUGUGAGGACUUCCAGGUUCAAUAGCCAACUUGUGAGCUCGACUUUCAUGGCUACCAAGUAAAGAGGUCUCCGCACGUCCACCUUCAAGAAUUUGUGCGUGUCUAACUGAAAGCAUAAAUAUAUUACAAAGAAGUAAACUAAAAGUCACUAAUGUCAAGACUAAAGCAUAAGGAUAAGCAGAAACGUAUCCAGGCAUAUGAAAGAAGUUUACAAGUUUCCAAUUACAAAGAUCAGCCUCAUUGCAUGCUGUAAUCUUCAGACCAGGAUAUAACCAACAAAAAAUCAUAUUAGAUUCGCAAACAAGUAAACAACCUUUGAGCAGAAUAAGUCAUGGUUUGUUUUCCCUCCCUAGCCCCCAACCCAAAAAGCACCACCAGGGAAAUACCUGGCCAUCUGCUGCGCAAGUCAGUGGUCCUCACUGAAAGGCAUGGAUUUUGCCUGAAACACGUUGUUACAAUGACCAGAAUGAAAUGAGAGUUUGGCAUGGCCAACUUCCCAAUCCCAUAAUAUAACUUUUCUGUCAUCAGAGCCAGACACAAGAAUGUCACCAGACACAUUGAAGCCCACUGUAUUGACACAACCUCUAUGCUUCUCAAGCUUCCUCAAAAUAUCAAGUCUUAGAACAAGAUCCCGGGCCACAAGUACAAUUUUGUUACAGGUAAUCUGGCUAAAACAUAAUUUUAUACCUUAUAAACAUAUACUAUGUACAAGUAUACUGAAAUGCACUAAGAAAGCUUUGUCAAACAACUUAACCAAUAAAUUUAGAAUCUUUCCAUUUUUGGUACAUAAGGUUGAGCAAAUCCAAGCCCUAUGACUCAAUUAUAGAUUCUACUCCUCCAACACGGUAACUAAAUUGCCGUCUACUUUAUAAAAAAACUCCUAAUCAAAUAUGAAAUUAGCUUCUUCCACCAAGUCACGAGCAGUCACAAACUGCCUCUGAACUCAUUUCUCACUCCUAAAUUAUCAUUCCAAUCAAUUCGUCGUUCAAUUCAAUACUCAUCAUAUUUGAACUUAAUGGAAUAAAAAAUCGCCAAAUGCUGAAAAAUUCAAGCAAUUUUCUCAUAAUCAAAACCCUCGAUUAUAACCAGAAAUUGAUCAGAAAAAACAUGAGGAUCAAUCUAACAAUGCCGCCUUUUUUUGGAGCCAUGAACAUGUCCUGGUAGGGUGUCUCUACUGCUUGGGGGUUGAGCACAAAAGCCCUUAUCUUCGCCGCGCUGACCAUGAACCACUUGGAGGGGGUUUUGAGGUAGAAAUUCAUAUCGUUGACAUGAAUCUCCGGGAAGGUUGGGAUCGGUGCAUCUUUGCAGACAUAGUGGUUGGGAAUGUGAUCGCCGGUGUCCUCCAUAACUGGGAUUGGGAGUUCCAGAGGUAGAGGUUGAAAGGGUAGGGUGAAGUUGGGAUUUGGGGUCUUGCGACUCUUGAAAUAUCUGGCUAUGUAUGGAGGUGGUUUGGAGAAAUCGUUGUCCUCCGACGACUCGUCGCCGAAGUCGAACAUGUCGGAGUCCAGAUCGCUCGAAUCCAAGUCGAUCGACAUUUUCAGUUUGAGAGUGAGUGGGUGAAGAAGGGAGAGAGAUGGAAGUUGGAUUGGUAUUCAGAUUGGAGGAGAGAGAGUGGGGUUUUGUAACUGUGGGGGGUUGGGAGAGGAAAGUGAAGGGUUUUGACUGAUUAAUGCUUUCAUUGAUUAUGGUGGAGGUGGAUGGUGUUUUGGCUGAUGGGGUAUUGAUUGGUGGACUUUUCGGUGAUUGAAGAUCCGCCGUUAGAUUAGGAUUAGGUUUUUGUUUGGAUGAUGUUUUUUUUCCGAUCUUUUGAUCUGCCUUGCCUUCAUUGUUUUGGGCCCCCAGUUGUGUGUUAUUCUCGAUUUGGGCCACUAAAUUUUGGACCACCUUCUUGACCAGCACAGGUUGCUUCCCACUUGGACCCAUUUUCUUUUUCAUUUGAAAACCUUGCUUCUGUUUAGGCGCCGAAAUUUCUUGUCUUUUUUUGUUUCUUCCUUCCCCUUUUUCUGGACUUUUUGUUGUAUUCUUACUUUUCCUUGUACUUUUCCUGUAGCUUGUCCUUUUGUUGGAGACAUUGAUCCAUGGGUUAGGAUUAAUCUCCCCUUCUUCCAUCAACGGUUGUUGAUCCCUUUGGUUGUUGUCGCUGAUUAGGGUUUCCUCAUGGCUCAUCUUUGCGCCGCUCUGCAGUUCUUUCCUCUGCUCUGUUUCUAGCGGACAUCUGCCCACUCCAUGGCCGAUGGAUUGACAUAGGGCACAAAAGAACGGGGUUUCAUCGUAGAUGAUCAUUUGUUUGAAUGCCCCCAACCAUACUGCUUCCUUCCUUUGCAACGCCAAAUCUAAUAGUACUUGGAUUCUUGCAAAACGCACUCUGUUUUGCUCAAUGGCUCUGUUAUCAGUUUUUAUGAAGGUGCCAAUCUGACUUGAAAUUUUUGUAACACUGAUACAGAAUGGAACUCAAUUGGUAGCUCCGGGAGGGUAAUCCAUACCGGAAUCUUAGUGAUUGUAGCUUGCGAUGGCUUGAAACCCGGUGUCCAUGGUUGCACUAAUACCAUGAAGUUAGUGAUGAACCAGGGUCCAUUCGAUAAUACAUUCUCUCUAUCUUUCUCUGAUGGCAAGGAGACAUUGUAGAAACCCUUCCCCAGGGCAACAAUUGCACUGGCGACUUGAUUUUCCAUAUUCUUUGCAGGGAGCUUUUGAGAAACUCCACUGAGAACGACUUUCCCACCACUUUGAUAAUUAGGGAGUUAAUCCAUCUUACCGAAAGGGAUUCAGCUUCUGCAUAUUCAAGGCUAAUGAAAGCAUCAACCUUAGGGUCGAAGUUGGGGGGUGGGUUGGCGGCUACAAUUGGAAGUAGGGAGGCAUGGGAGAACGAGAUUGCGAAGGGUUCGGGUUGGUUUUUUAGGGUGGCUGCGUAUGACAUUUUUGGUUUGGGUAAAGGGGUGGAGGAAGGUGGUUGUUGGAGGGGUGGUUGGGAGUGAGUAACCGUAGACGAGAACCGCUGUGGGCGAAUCGAAGGGCUGCCUGGUGGAUCUGGCGGUUGCGGAGGGGGGGGGGGCUCUCUCUCACUUUCUCUCUCUAGCUCUCUCAUCUCUUUUUAGGUUGCCAAGCAGGUGGAUCCUGUGCAUCUCCCAGAUUUGAACACAAUGAAAGCCCUAUGCCCGAUUCUGGAGAUGUUCGUCAGAUGGUGGAUGACAAGUGCAGAAGCAAAAAUGGGUCAGCUGAUAGUACCAAUGGAGUUGGAAUUUAUGCACGACCCCAUCCCGAUCUUCCCUCAAUUGCGAAAGACAUGGCAAUUGUCAUCCAGAUCCCCACUGAGAGGAACAGUUGGAGCCACGACCAAUGGCCUGAUGGUCAUAUCAACAACAGAGAGCUUCCCUCAGGUGGAGAUCAAGACUUAUCUAGUGAAGGAGAUAGAGCAGGAAAUUUGGGAAGCGGAGCUGGAGUUUGUGGCGAGGAAGAAGGAGUUAUGGAGUAUGAGGAGCAGGGACUUUAUCGACAAGAUAGAUCCACUGACUCAGAAGAAGUUCAAGGAGUUCUCCAGAACUCGCAACACACCUGAUCCAAUGAUUAUUGUCGCCUGGAACUGCAGGGGUAUGGCUCGUCGAGGAUUCAGAACCAACCUCUACCACCUGUAUACAGAGCACCGUCCAGAUAUCAUCAUUCUGACUGAAACCAAAACCAGCCAAGCCCACACCAAACAUAUCCUCAAAACCAUCCUCAGCUGUCAAUCUAACCCCUUCGAGAACUAUGUUAUGGCGGAACCGUAUGGGCUAUCUGGAGGGAUCGUAGUUAUGUGGGACCCCCGAAUCAACUUCAAAUUGAUUGGGUCGGACCAACAUGCUAUUCAUGGCAUUGUAGAGGGAACUCCUAAGAAGCCAAAGAAGCCUGUUUUUGCAAGCAAGAAGGCGAGAUUCGAUGAAGGAAGUGGAUCAUGUAGCAAGGAAGGCAAGGAGGCUGCUGAAUCUGUCGCAUCAAGGAGUUAGUCUACACCCCCCCUAACAAAAUCUGAUAGUAUAUCUGAAAACAAUGAUAUUUCUUUUUUGGAAACUUUAAAUCCUAAUCCCGGUUGCGGCUGUAUUUUUGUGCCACAUGAAGUGGAUGGCUGUAAUUUUGCUCCACCAAGAGUGGAAACUAUCUAAAACUAUGAUGCACUGUAAAUUUUUUGCUGAA